GAGAGUCAGUGUUAGUGUUAGGUUACAGAUGCGGUUUAAAGUCGACCUUGCAUUACGUUGUACAGCUUGGCAAUCAUAAGUUGUUUUCUCCAGGUUACGUAUUGAUUAGCAUAAGUAGCCUAUUUGCAUAACCCGCAUGCCGGUUGGCUGACAGAUAAUCAUCCAAGCUUGUGAAACAAACUCGCCCUGCUUUCCAGCGAACAGGAGGAGGAGGAAGGGAGUGCAUCGGCUCUUACACACACUGCUUUAAUUAAUCAAAUAAGAAGCUAUUUGACAAAAGCCGGCUCGGACUGCAGGGGCUGUGGAGGAGGAGGACCAGUGCAAUGAUGACGGGCAGAUCUGUGAAAGACGUUGACAGAUACCAGGCUGUUCUCAACUCUUUACUGGCGCUGGAAGAUAAUAAAUUCUGCGCUGACUGCCAAUCAAAAGGUCCAAGAUGGUCGUCCUGGAAUUUGGGCAUCUUCAUCUGUAUCCGCUGUGCUGGUAUACAUCGAAACCUGGGGGUCCACAUCUCCAAGGUCAAGUCUGUCAAUCUGGAUCAGUGGACACAGGAGCAGGUCCAGUGUGUUCAGGAGAUGGGAAACGCCAAAGCCAGACGUCUCUACGAGGCUUUCUUACCUGAGUGUUUCCAGCGCCCAGAGUCAGACCAGUCUGCAGAGAUGUUCAUUAGGGACAAGUAUGAAAAGAAGAAGUACAUCGAUAAGGUCAUUGACAUCCAGAUGCUAAGGAAAGAAAAGAGCUGCGACAAUAUACCCAAGGAACCAGUUGUGUUUGAGAAGAUGAAAUUGAAAAAAGACGUCAGCCCCAAGACAAAUACCCAGGCUGUCACAGAUCUGCUUGGAUUAGAUGCCCCUGCUCCAAGUCCUGCAGUGUCUAAUGGUCGAGGAUGUGUUUCAGACAGUAAUGGGAGCCCAGCGGGGUCCAAACCACCUCUGGCACACUCUGCACUAGAUCUCUUCAGCUCUCUGCCAGCACCAGCCACUGCUUCCUCUAAAAGAAACACGCCUGUUUCCUGCUCCAUGCCCCAGAGCAGAGUAACUGCCUCUGUGCCUGAAAACCUCAGUCUGUUCCUGGAUCGUACAGCAAAAGCAGAGGGGGGCGCUGUCAAGAAACUGUCCAAGGACUCGAUUCUCUCCCUGUACGCCUCCACUCCAUCAGUUCAUGGCAGUAUGUCUUCUCAUGCAGGCUUGUACAUGAACCAAAUGGGAUACCCGACACACCCAUAUGGAUCGUACCACUCUUUAGCCCAGGCAGGUGGAAUGGGAGGCCCAAUGAUGACAUCACAGAUGGCCAUGAUGGGACAGCAACAGAGCGCCAUGAGUGGAGUUCAACAAAGCAGCAUGAUGGGACAGCAGAAUGGCUUAAUGGGUGCUCAGGGUGUCAUGGCACAGCCUAGUGGCGCUAUGGCGUCACCUUACAUGACAGGGAUGACCCAGGGCGUGAUGGGACAGCAAAGCGCAAUGAUGGUACAGCAGCAGAAUGGGAUGAUGGGGCAGCAGCCAAAUAGCAUUGUGGGACAUCAACAGAAUGGGAUGAUGGGACAGCAGCAGAAUGGGAUGAUGGGACAGCAGCAGAAUGGGAUGAUGGGACAGCAGCAGAAUGGGAUGAUGGGACAGCAGAAUGGGAGGAUGGGACAGCAGCAGAAUGGAAGGAUGGGUCAGCAGCAAGUUGGAGGUUUACCUCAACAGCAGGUGUACGGAGUGCAACAAGCUCAUCAGCUACAGUGGAACUUUACCCAGAUGACUCAGCAUAUGGCCGGUAUGAAUGUCUGCAACACCAAUGGCAUGAUAGGAUACAGCAGUCAACAAAUGGGAGGCUCGACAACUCAAAGCUCAGUGCACAUGACGGCUCAUGUUUGGAAAUGAUCUCAUCUAUCAAACAUGUGAUUUCACGCCAAUAACCCACAGAAAAGGGGGGGACUGAGUUGUAGGAACCUUCGGAUCAGACUUUCCAGGAGAAAUUUUCUAAUGAAAGGGGGAAGAAGUAGAAGAAGAGGAAGAAGAAGGAAAAGUGGGAGGAGAUGGAGACAGGUGUGAAAAAGCUGAAGGUUUAGAAAACCACUACUACCUCUUUCUCUCUCCUCUCUGCCCAUGCUUCCUAUUCUCUCUGCCAUUCAUGGCCAUGUUUUGCAUAUUCCCAUUCUUGCCUUCAGAACACUUUGGUAUGAUGUCCAAGAAAACAGGGUUCAAGGUUAACUGGUUAGGACUAGACAUUGUUUUUUGUAGUCUGUAUGCUUUGUGCAAGCGUUGUUCAAAUCAGCUAUUGGUGGGUGUCUGUUAACCAACUGCACGACUUAAAAGAACAGGUUUUAUUUUACAGUUUUAAUUGAUCAGACUCGGAAGUAAAUGCAAAACUUACAUAACUUAAAACCAUUGGUUGAUGUGCUUGAAUUUUGUUUAAUUUGGUAAAUAGUUUGCUUUUAUUGGAAUGAGCCUAGUUGCCUCUUUUUGCUGUGAGUGAAUCGAGCAGAUCAAUAGCUCUGUUAUGUCUGUGCAGCAAAUAUGAAGCUACCCAGCAGCUGGUUAGCUUAUAUUAGCUUAGCCUAAAGACUAGAGACAGGGGAACAACAAUCAUGGCUUUAGCUAAAGACUUUGACUUUUUAAGUAUUAAACAAAUAAGAUAUAACAUGUUAAACAGGGAGCUUUAUAUGUACUGGUAAGCAGAUUUUGCCUUAAACCUUUUAAAAGAUAGAGAAUAGCCAUGUUUCCAGUCUUUGUGUCUCAAGCUAAUUGGCUGCUGUGGUUAGCUUCAUACAUGGUAUUGAUUUUCUAAGCUAGCUUUUGGGCAGGAAGUGUAUAAGCGUUCAGGUAAUGUCAAACCAAAAUGUCAAACUAUUGUUUUAACUUUGUAAUAACAAAUAACAACAAAUAAUCUACAGCAGAACCCAACAAUUAGCUUAGCUUUAGCUGCAACCCAUUUUGCAAAGGAGAAAGUAGAAAGCUUUCAAGCGCACAGGGGUAAAGAUUUUCAAUGUGCGGUAACAAAUGGAUUAAAACUAGAUAACCUGUUCUUACUAGAAAAGAAUCAAGCCAAGCUAGGCUACGCUAUCUUUUAUUUUAUCACCCCUCAAGCUGCAAAUGGAGGGGAAAAUAAACAUUAAUGAAUUAGCUUGGCUUUGCAUAAGAAGAAACACAUUUGUUAUAUCUUUCAAAAAACAUUGUAUCCCCUUCCUAAACACUCAAGUCGUCCUACAAUAUUAAAAUGUAGGUUUUUAGAUUGUUUGUCUCACAAGUUAAAGCAGCUAUAAAACCUAAAGCCCUUUUUAUGAUGUCUUCUACUCUAUUUAAAGAGGGCUUCUUUGAGAAUACAUAAACUCGACUUCAUUGUCUAAAGUCCUAAAUUGGAUUUUGGGAGACCAAAGAUCAACGCUAGCUUUAUUAUGGUUGUAUAGUGUUGCAAUGCUUUGUUACAUCUGUAGCCAUUAACUAGUGAUAAGUAGAACAUCAGUCAGCAAUCCUUUAACAGUACAGUAUGUUUGGUCAAACCUGCUGUCAAUCAAUGAAUAUCUGGGCAUAUCAAUUCACUGUGCUAUUUCCUCACACAGGGUGGGACACUUAAAGUCACUCGCAUGCAUGUAAAGUAACACGCGCACACCUCAAGUUAAUCUACCUUGUACAAUAGAGGCCUCAAAAGUUGUUGAAUGUCUUUAUAUAAGAGACAAAUUGAGAGAGGUGAUGGACAGAGACAAAAGACAACCAAGGUACAGAUCAUGUUUCAGAUUCUUCCACUGAAUUGCAUGAGGAAAAUGUUUAUCUAACUCUGAUUGUAUGUUUUUCAAGAUAUCUGAAUGUGUCUCUCUGAAUGUUUCUCUCUACAUGUACGAUCGGCUUCGACCAAGACCAACAAAAUGUUUAAAAGAAUGUGCGUCUUGAAUGUCUCACAACUGUACUUGACUCCUUUUUAAUACGCACCCCAGUAUUAAUGGGGUCUGUUUGUUUUUGAUAUCCUACCGUCAAGCAAUGUACACUUGUGUUUUCUGAAUGUUCUGUGGUCAACAGCGUCCUGUCUGUUUUUAGUCAAUUGUUGGAUUCCAACUAAGUUUUAAUGUCCUGCCGUCCAAUUAGGAUCAAACUGUGACCAGGAUGACACAUUUUCAGGUCACUCGAGGGAGUGUGAAGCGAAGAAGUGAUUGUACGACCACAGCCUGUCAACUCACUUCUACACAAGCCAUCUCUAUGUCCUUGCUGUUAUGUUCAUUCUUAUAAUGCUAACCCUUGCAUGAAGCCAUUUGUGUAAAUAAUUUCCUUCUGUUUUUCAAUGUAGAAGCACAGAAUUGCUUCUAGUGUGAGAGGUAGGAGCUUAAAGAGAAUUAAAUGAACAUACUUGUAUAACAAGAUUCAAAUUAAGUGCUGCCAAUAAAAAAAAGCAGUACAGCCUUUAAAAUCUCAGAAUUUUGUCUAUUCCCUCCAGGCAUUUAUUUCAAUUUUAGCUCAUUUGGUGGCAGUUGAGGCAACCGUGUGACAGCAGCAGCAGUCACUUUCUCUGCUCAGAGCAAUAUCACCAUACGACUUGUGUCGUCUCUGCCAUGUAACAGCAUAUCUGUCAGAGAAGUUUCUGGAAAAGCAGUAAAAAUACAUUCCUGUGGGCUACUUGAGCUUUCUUAUUUGUAAUCCUUUAACUUUAGUAUGCUUCAGUUCCUUCUUUUGUCUGGUAUAUUUUCUGUGAAAUAAGAGCAAAUAAAGGAAUGUAUCUUUUUAUGUACUUGUUAAUCAAGAUAUUGUGUAUUUUCUGUAUAUUAAGUCCCCAAAACACGAUUGAUAAACAUGUACUGUAUAUUAGUUCUGGAUCGUUUUCACAUGCUUUGCCCUUUUUUGAUUCGAUAAUCACUUUCAUUUGAGAAUAUGUAACAUAUGAUACUUGUCUGUGAAAAAUAUCAAAAAUAAAUAUUGUUUUGAUUAAAUUAUA